AUGACCAUCUUCCGCCCCUGCAUCGACCUCCACGCCGGCGCCGUCAAACAAAUCGUCGGCGGUACCUUGACGGACGCAAUCUCUUCUUCGACCUCAAGUUCCGCCCAAACAUUAAAAACGAAUUUCACUUCCGAACAUCCAGCGGCUUUCUACGCGGAACUGUAUCGCAAACAUGGACUGAAGGGUGGACAUGUGAUUAUGUUGGGCAAGGGAAACGACGAGGCGGCGAGGGAGGCGUUGGCGGCGUGGCCCGGAGGGUUGCAAGUGGGAGGUGGAAUUGGGGAGGAGAAUUGUAGGGAGUGGGUGGAUGCUGGGGCGGAGAGGGUCAUCAUCACAUCUUUCCUCUUUCCCUCGGGCAAAUUCUCCCUCGAACGCCUGCAAUCCGUCCUCGGCGCUCUAGGCGGCGACAAGGAGAAAUUGGUCAUAGAUCUCAGCUGUCGACGAGUGGGAGAUGGGUGGAGAGUAGCGAUGGAUCGAUGGCAGACUAUUACCGAGUUCGAGAUCAAUAAAGAAAACAUCUCCCUCCUCGAACCCUACUGCGCAGAAUUCCUCAUCCACGCCGCCGACGCCGAGGGUCUGCAAGCGGGCAUCGACGAGAAGCUCGUCAGCCACCUCGCUUCCAUCUGUACCAUUCCCGUAACGUACGCGGGAGGAGGGAGGAAUUUACAGGAUUUGGAGCUGGUGGAGCGUUUGAGUGGUGGGAAGGUGGAUUUGACGAUUGGGAGUGCGUUGGAUAUUUUUGGGGGAAAGGGGGUCACGUUUGAGGAGUGUUGUCGUUGGAAUGAGGGGAGGAGAGGGUGA